CUGGGCCGCUUGGUGCUUUGACAUCUUGUCUCCAUGGCAGUGCUCAGCUGGCGGGGCUGAUCAGAGGGCCUAUUCAUUAACUCGGAAUGCGCGGUCAUGCCGGUGCCGCGGUGCACUGAGCAGCUGCCGGGGCAGGCAGCGAGCAGGCAAAAUGGAUCUCACUCUCCUCUUGGCAGCAAUCCUGGGGCUCCUUAUUGUCAAGGCUGUUUUGUUUCAGCUGAGAAACCCGAGCUGCCCUCCUUGCAUCAGGAGCUGGAUCCCUUGGUUUGGAGCCGCGUUUCAGUUCGGGAAAGCUCCUCUGGAGUUUAUAGAGCAAGCUAGGAACAAGUAUGGACCCGUGUUCACAAUAUUCGCUCUGGGAAAACGAUUUACUUUUGUGACUGAGGAAGAAGGAACUGAAGUAUUUUUUAAAUCUGAAGACUUAAACUUCGAACAGGCAGUACAACAAGCUGUCAAGAAUGCAGUUUCUGUUCCUGCAGAAGCAUUUUAUCAGAAUCACGGUAACCUGUACAGCAUGAUGAAGGGAAAAAUGAGUCCUUCCAAUCUGCACAUGUUCACGGGCACUUUGUGUAAGGAGCUACAAGAGCACAUGGCUCAGCUGGGCAUGGAGGGCACAGGCGACCUCAAUGACCUGGUAAGGCAUGUCAUGUAUCCAGCAGUGGUGAACACUUUGUUUGGGAAAGGCAUCUGCCCGACAAGUCAGAGCAAAAUCAAGGAGUUUGAAGAACAUUUUCAGAAGUACGAUGAGGACUUUGAAUACGCUUCUCAGAUGCCUGAGUGCUUCCUGAGGAACUGGUCUAAAUCCAAAAAAUGGCUUCUAAAAUUAUUUGAGAAAGUAGUGUUGGAUGCUGAAAGGACCAACCCUUCAGACACCACAUCCAAGACACUACUGCAACAUCUCCUGGACAACUUGCAAGGAAAACAUUUAGCUCCCAAUUAUGGUCUCCUCAUGCUCUGGGCUGCCCAAGCAAAUGCUGUCCCCGUUGCAUUUUGGACCCUUGCUUUCAUACUGUCUCAUCCUUCCAUUUACAAGAAAGUCAUGGAAGACCUGGCUUCUGUUUUUGGCAAAGCAGGUAAAGAUAAACUGGAAGUCUCUGAAGAGGACCUGAAGAAGCUCCCUUUUAUUAAAUGGUGCACUUUGGAAGCCAUACGGCUGAGGUCUCCAGGUGCAAUCACCAAGAAAGUAAUAAACCCAAUUAAAAUUAAGAAUUUCACCAUCCCUGCAGGUGACAUGCUGAUGUUGUCGCCCUAUUGGUUGCACCGGAAUCCAAAAUAUUUUCCAGACCCAGAAAUGUUCAAACCUGAUCGUUGGAAAGAGGCAAAUUUAGAGAAGAAUGCUUUCUUGGACAGCUUUGUGGCAUUUGGAGGAGGGAAGCAUCAGUGUCCAGGAAGGUGGUUUGCAAUCAUGGAAAUCCAGUUGUUUGUUGUUCUGUUCCUGUACAAGUAUGAAUUUGUGGUGUUGGAUGCAGUACCAAAGGAGAGCCCUUUACACUUGGUGGGGACACAGCAACCCAUGGCACCAUUCCGGGUCCAGUAUAAAUGCCGGGAAUAAAAGCUGCCCAGCACUAACCUUCCUUUGCCAUUCCCCCCCCACCCCGCAUGGAUGAACCACUGAGCUGCUUCCCUAUCCUACACCUUCAGAUAAGUUCUCUGCCUGAAGAGUUCUUAAUUUCAACUUUCAAUGCUGCACAUACUCAAUAUUCACAUAUUCAAUGCUGAACUGUGCUGUGCCAUACCAGAAUAGUGGUACCUGUGCUCUGCACCUGGUUGCCCACCUCCUAGUGCUUAAAACCCAAGCUCUCCUGCUGCAUUCAUAAUUUGGGGGGCAGUUAUUCACAGAUUUUGCAAAUCUGAUAUGCUAAGCUUGCCAACCAAACAUUCAGGACAAAAAGCUGCAGUGUUUGGAAAUCCUGCGUGGAAGCUGUGCUAGAAUGUGCAGGUUGCUUCAAACCAAGGCCAAAGUGGUGCCUCAUGCUAAGAAAUCAGAUUGGUAACACUGUACAUCUCCCUGGUGUUGGUGUGCACAAUAUCCAGGACAGUCUGAGCAGAGACCACCAGAUCAGAUCCACAGCCUGAUAAAAUAUCAUGACUUCUGUGCCACUGCCUCUGUGGGUAGGUGAAGAUCUGGCCUGCUCUGCCUGCAACAGGUGCCAACUUUUUGCAAAUAAAAUGCAUUUGUAAUGGAAAAAUUGCAAGCACUUGGGUCUUGUUCCACUGGAGCCCCUAAAAUUUCUACUGAGCAUUACUUGUUCCACAGGAUUCAGAAUUGGUCCUUGCAUGAAUAUACAAUGAAAGUUUGACUGGGAUGUUCAGCUCUCAGUAAAAAGUGAUUGCAAAAAAAGACUGGUUGUCUAAUAUCUAGAACACUUUUGCUUUCCCUUUCACGUGACUUAUAGAACAAAUUGCACAAAUCUAAGAAUAUUCAAUCCUAUAAAGAAUACCUAGUAAAAGUUGUUUGAUGGAGCUGUCAAGUAAGUUCAGAUAACACUUUCACUGCUGUCAGAUUUCAUAUACAAUAAUAGCUGGCAUGUAUUUUUAGUCUAUUAAGUAAAGAUUAUUCAUCAUUUUAAAAGUAUUUGCAAAAAAAAAUCCCACACAAAUAGACUUUCAACAACAGUAAAACUAUGGGAAUAACAAGCAUAGGAAAAUAACACAUUGUAUAAUUCAUUACGUAGUUGGCUUACCUUCGUUAUGGAUAGAACAACUUCAGUGAUUUAUACGGUUGGAAAAUGAUUCAUCCGACUUCUAAUUUAGCUCAUUAUAGUCAACUCUGCAAGAGUUGCACUCUUAACUGCUAUUUCAGUGUCUCUUCCAAAACUGAAAUCUAUUCCCUUGGUUUUCAUGCACAGUAUUACCCAGAAGUGUAUAUAUUAAUUUUAAAAUUUGGCAAUCACCGCAAUAUCUGUAAGGCCAGGUGGGACAGGGCUUUGAGCAACCUGGUUUAGUGGAAGGUGUUCCUGCUCAUGGCGUGGGGUUGAAAUCAGAUAAUCUUUUUAAGGUCAUUUCCAACCCAAACCGUUCUGUGAUUCUAUGGUUUUAUGUAUUUUCCAGUUUUGCAAAGUUAUUUUUUUUUCCCAAAUGCGCAUUGUUUUUUAUUUUUCU